UCCUUUACAUGCAUUAACAUCAUUGUUUUUUUAAUGCAUUUCAAUAUGAUAAAUUGCAAAUGUAAAUCAGCUUAAUGGAGCCAAUUGUAUUUUAGCAGUGGCUAAAUAUAACGCAGCUGUUUCUUUUUACCUUGCAUGUCAAAAGCUAGUCUGAGCCAGUGAAACUGACUGAUAUAUUGGCAUGACUUUUUUAUAAUCACUGUCUCAAGCAGUUACGGAUUUCACAUCUUUUGUUCCACACGAGCUUGCUGAGGCUUAGACCUUACAGGUGUUUUUUUUUUAACACAAUCUGUACGCGGGUAACAAAUAACAAACCACAAUGCAAUCAACUGGAGAUGUAAUACUAACAUUCAUCAGCGGAGCUCUGCUGGUGUUUGGAGUGCUGUGGAAUCUCUUCAAUCUUGUCAUGACCGUCCAUCUGCAGAGGAAAAGCAAAAGUUAUCAGACACUUGAAUUCAUAAUUUCAUGCACCUCACUCUCCAAUAUGAUCUUGGACUUGUCAACGAUUUACAGUCUAUAUUUGUAUGAGUUUAAAAUCUACUGCACUACCGACAUGGGAAGAGUCAUACCAGUGGUCUUCUUCAUCUUGUUCAGUGCCAGCGCUUCAAGUUUCUGGUCCAUUGCUUGGCUUUGUGUCUUCUACUAUGUGAAGAUCAUCAGCCUACCAGCCGCUCUCUUCAUCAAGCUCAAGAGGAAUAUCUCGCUGGUUGUCAACGGGGCUCUCAUCCUCUCUGUGUUCUUCUGCUUCGUCUUGUUCUGCCCAUUUUUGUAUCUUAUUCCAAUAAUGCCAGCAAACGCUACUGCUAACAACACUUACAACAUCAACAACACCCUGGGCACGCCAUGCACCAAACCUGCUUUCAGUUUCCCAAAGAAGUUUGCCAGCGAUCUUUACUUUUUUAUCUUUGUGUUAUUUCUAUGUCCUAUCCCCCUCAUAAUCAUGGUGACCACCAGCAGCCAGCUUGUGGUCCAUCUCUACAAGCACACCCAGCAAAUGAAAAGAAACCAGAACGAGUUCCAGAGCAGAAACUCCUACCUACUGAUCUGCAAAAUGAUCAUUUCCCUGUUGGUAGUGUAUUUGUUCACCAUCACGCUGGCAUUCGUUUACUUCUUGACUCUGGGAAAAGAUGAAAACAUGUCUAACAAGUCCCUUUUUUUAGAUAUGGCCUUCUACUGUGCAGCAACAGGAGUUCUGUUGACGGCCACUAACAAGAAUCUGAAGGAGAAACUGUCUGUGUCCUGCUGUGGAAAAAUACAGCAGCAGAGUGAGCCGAAGUGAGAAGCCAUAUUGAUUCAAAGCAUUCACCACUAUUUAUUUAUAGUGUGCAUUUUGCACUGUUUUUGUGAAAGUAAAAUGAAAUGCCCAGUGUUUCUAAUGAGAAACAGCUCAGCAGGUUAAUAUAAAGGGCUACAGUCUCAAAGCUAAUUACUCUGAAUCGUCAUUAGCACAUUAUGUUAUUUAUUUCAGACAAACACACCCAAUAAAGUUACCAAAUCAGAUAUAUACAACUAAGACAUUUAACUUAGGAACUUGUAAGAAGUCUCAAGUGGUUUCUUAUUCAUAUUUGUAUUAUUUAUUUCAGAUAAAAAUUACGCUAAUGACAGAUUGGAGUAAAUAGCUUUGAGAAGCUAGACCAAGACUCUUAAGUCCAUCUUUUUGUCUUUCUAGUUUUGACUCAUUGCUGGAGUAUUUUGCUUUCAUGAAAACACAGUGCAAAUAGCAGCCUGGUCUGUGGGGUCCAUUUAAUCGUACAAAUGAGCUUAAAUUGAUUAGAACAUCUGCUUGAGCUAAAUAAAAUAUGAUGAGUAAUAACUAAGCCUGAUAUUAAUAUUUUAAUUUUCCUGACUGACUUGAGAGCAGUCUAACUGUUUAAAAUUCCUAUUGCUUGCUUUUGCCUUUCCUCUUAUUGCUGUUGUUUUGUGUAAAUAUAAAGAUGCAUUUGGUGGAGAUUGAGGUGUAUGCAAAAUCAGCAUUUGCUUUAGCUAUUGUUACAUAGAACAAUCUACCAAAUACAUUUUUCUACAAUGAAAAAAAAUCAUUUAAUGUAAAGCUGAGGAGUUGUUUUUUUUUCUUUCAUUGAAUGUAUCUUUAAAUAUAAAACUGUGUGUGGCUGUUGGUGUGUUCAGAUUUUACACAUAUAAAAAUGCAAUGUUGUACUGUAUACAACAUAGAUUUUGGUAGCAAAUGCAAAAUUCA